GCCGACAGGGGGCACUGCGCGCAGGGCAUGGAGUGCGUGAAGAGCCGCAAGAGACGGAAGGGCAAAGCUGGGGCGGCAGCCGGCGGCCCCGUGGUGAGCGGCGUGUGCGUGUGCAAGGCGCGCUACCCGGUGUGCGGCAGCGACGGCACCACCUAUCCCAACGCCUGCCAGCUGCGCGCCGCCAGCCUGAAGGCCGAGAGCCGCGGGGAGAAGGCCAUCACCCAGAUCAGCAAGGGCACCUGCGAGCAAGGUCCUUCCAUCGUGACACCCCCCAAGGACAUCUGGAAUGUCACUGGCGCCCAGGUGUACUUGAGCUGUGAGGUCAUCGGGAUCCCAACCCCUGUCCUCAUCUGGAACAAGGUAAAAAGGGGCAACUAUGGUGUCCAGAGAACAGAACUCUUGCCUGGUGACCGGGACAACCUGGCCAUUCAGACCCGAGGUGGCCCAGAAAAGCAUGAAGUAACUGGCUGGGUGCUGGUGUCACCUCUGAGUAAGGAAGACGCUGGAGAGUACGAGUGCCAUGCAUCUAAUUCCCAAGGACAGGCUUCAGCAUCAGCAAGAAUUACAGUUGUUGAUGCCUUACAUGAAAUACCAGUGAAAAAAGGUGAAGGUGCUGAGCUAUAAACCUGAAGAGUAUAUUAGUCUACAUAGCUAAAACUUAACCAUAGACAGCCCAUAUUAUUACCUAAUUACAAGUUUCUUUUAUGCCAAUGCACUAAUACUCUAGUAAUAAUACUCACAGGUUUUAUAUAAAGAAAUACAAAGUAAAGAUAACAUAGGCGGGAAACAUGGAGCAGUGGUAGAACACCUGCCAGAAAGGACAAGGCCAAGAGUUCAAACCCAAGUACAUCCAAAAACAAUAAAAAUAAUACUAAAAGAGGACAUCAAGACAUCUAUAAAAAUUUAUUACCUAUUUACAUGCAUAUCAAUAAAACAAAUGCUUUUAACUGCAA